AUAGCGCACACUCAUUUGAGUCAGUCAUAGCCGAAAACUCAAGCAAUAAUAAUAAACAAAUAGAAGUUGAGCGGCCUUCUACGCCAACAAACUCAUUGGAAAGAAUAUACUCCAACUUACAAAAAAAAACAGAACACCUCCAACUUACAGCAGGGACUGUUGUGUGA